AUGGAACCUACACUGGGAAGAUUUGAGAUGGAGAAAUUUACCGGGAAAGAGGAUUUCGGGAUGUGGAAAUACAAGCUGCUUGGUCAGCUGGAGAUCCAAGGAAAGACAAAGAAAGCAGCACAGGAUCUAAGGGUGAGAAACUUACUUGGUACUUGCCUCAGUGAUGUGAUUUUGAGGAAAGUGAUGGAUUCGCCAACAUCUCGAGAUAUGUGGCUUGCCCUGGAAGAAGAGUAUCAGGCAAAAUCAUUACCAAAUCGGAUUUAUCUCAAGCAACAGUUUGCUAGCUUCCGCAUGGAUGAGAAUAAGAAUUUGGAAGAUAACCUGGAUACGUUUCUGAAGCUUAUAGCCGAUCUUGCCAGUUUGAAGAUUACCAUCAGUGAUGAAGACCAGGCCAUUCAACUCCUCACGAGUCUGCCUCCAGCGUAUGAGCAGCUAGUUCAUACUCUUAAGGAAAGUCUAGUGCUGAGGGACUCUAUGUUGAAAACCGAGGAAGGUCUAAGAAGCGGAAUGAUGGUAAAGACAAGGGAAAGACUAAGGAUCAGGGAGGAAGAUCUAAGUCUAGAAACAAAAAUGGCAAGAAAGGUACCUGUUUCAUUUGUGGCAAGGAGGGUCAUUGGAAGAGAAUGCCCAAUGCGUGGACAAAAGCAGAAUGAAAGCUCCUCUGUUAACACAGUAGCAGAGAUAAAGCAGCCUUUGGUCCUCACUGUGAGUUCUCAAUACACCAAGGAUGAGUGGGUUAUGGACUCCGGAUAUGGGUCUGUGGUGAUCCUCACGGAUGUCAGGUACAUGCCGGAUAUGAGUCGGAAUCUCAUCUCGUAUGGUAUGUUGGAGAAGUCAGGAUGUACCUACACAGGAGAAAACUACAAAGUUACGUUCUUCAAAGAUGGUCAGAAGGUGAUUACUGGAAAUAUAGAUGGCCUCUAUUUUCUCCAAGGAACAGUUUCUAAAGGGGAUGUAAAUGUGAUAGACCCUAAGAACAACUUGACUAGUCUAUGA